UUUUACCACAACCUAAUCUAAUUACGCUACAACCUUCGUAUUCCACUAUAACCUUCCUUUUCCAUUGCAACCUGCGAGGCGCCAACUAUGCCAAAGACUUCAGCGCAGCAAGGGUGGAUUUUGGCUCUUACCGAGGGAAAAUCGUAAAGUCCAAGGCAACGGAGAACAUCGCCACCACCGAUCACAAGGACUACCCCUGGCGGGACGUAGCCAAAGUGCUUAUUUCUAAUAAUAGGAAAUGGACCUUUGAGCUUCGUCCUAAGCAUACCAGCUGUCACGGCACAGCGCAUUUCGGUCCUUCAAAACCUAUUAACCGUGACACCAGCCAUGAAAAUCAUCCGCCUAUCGAGAGAGACUUCAACAAGUUAAAGCUCAGGGUAGUCUUUGGCCCUGAGUACAAGGCAUUCAUUGCUUCCUACAUCAACCGACUAGCUAUCCCAGAUUGCUAA